AUGGAUCAUCGACCCUCAACCCACAAAGCCGCCUCCACCAACAAAGUCCCCAAGCAACUCUCCACAGCCUCCAUCACCCGAUCUGCUUCCUUCCAAGAGCCCUCCCACAGCAACAGCAAUCCAGAAUCACCAACAAAUCCAGCCAAUCACAAGGAUCACGGCGACGAAUACAGCCGUCAGCUGCGCACCGCUUCCACUGAACUCCUCAAUGAUCAACGAGUCGGGCUGGGAUCAAAGGCGGGUCGCACCCUGCAGAAUGUGCUGAUGGAUACCGAGCAUCGACUGAAGGAGCAGCGGCGGGCUUCGUUGCAUAAAGCAGGUCAUCAUAAGAAUAACAUCUUCAAGGACGAGGUUGAUGGGAAAAGUUCGUAUCUUGAACUGUCACAUGACGAAGAAAGCGGCUGGUUGGCUUGUUGCUCUGCCGGUCAUCGGCAAUCAGGCGUACCACUUCCAUUCACUUCACCUCUUGAGACACCACGAAAUUUCGAUUCCAUGCACACUUUUACCAUAUCCUUGGUGACUGACCUGGCUGAUCUUAUCUCUCGAGGCGAAUGCGUCAUGGUCACGACUUCGGACGGAUCAAGAGACCCGUCCCACUUGGAGGGCCACUUCACCAUUUGCAUCCAAGACGUCGAGUGGCUGUCCUCUAGUUCUCGCGGUCGCCCUAUCGCCCUAUACGUGGAAAUUCCUCGCAUCUUCACCACCACGGCAAACACUCCUAAUGCAGACCAUCACCCUAGCGUGCGCCACACCUGCUCCCCACACAAUUUCAGCCCGAUCCAUGACCCCCCAAAUCACAUCGCCAACCUGGCCAACUUCAUCGCUUCAAAAUUGGGCGCCGCCAUCUGA